AUGGACCGGCCGUCAGGGAAUACAUAUGUAGCGGGUCAGAUGGAAGAAAAGGAGCUGCUUAAGAAAGAGAAGAAGAAGGGAGGCCUAAGCAAGGAGCAAGGAAAGAAGCUUGCAACCUACGAGACUAAACAUGCGAAGUUUGUUAACGUCCAGAUCAACGAGCUUCUGCGGGUCAUUGAACUGGACUCAGGUCCCUCGCCCGCGAAUGGAGAUGACGUUGUGCCGAGAGAGGCGCCGACAAGCACCGAGACGCAGAUGGCCAUCGUCAUUCCUUGCCCGAACGAGUAUUAUCACACCAUUGAGGGUGUUCUCAUGGGCAUUCCUUAUGAUUGCCUAGGAAUCCUUGUCUCGAAAAAUUCAAGAUUCCCGGUAGACCGCUAG